AUCACGGCCAAAAAAACAAAAAACGAAACAAUGCUAACCCGGCCUGAAGACCUCUCCAACCCCCCCAAAACCACCUUGUUCAGCCAGCUCUUGCGAGACCACUCGGAUAUCCGCGCCAAAAACCCGGUCGACGAAUCCGGGCCUUUCCAGAGGCUGUACCAUUCCCUCCCCUCCCCUCCCCUAGCCCCACCCGCUCCGCUUUGCGGGGGCUAAUUGGAAAGAUAGGUGCGAAGCCUGCCGCCGCGGGGACCUACAAACCGUGCAAAACCUGAUCGCGUACGAGGGCGUGAACUUGAACGCUGUCGACCGGUUCGAUAAUCUUCCUCUGACUUUGGUACGUAUUUUCGCAUGCUCGUCUAACGCGAAUGGUCGCGGUGGCUGAAGGGGGAAGUGAUAAGGCUAGUCUGUGCGGACACUACGAAGUGGUGGAGUUGCUGCUCGAGAGCGGCGCCGUAUGCGAGAGGGAUACAUUCCAGGGCGAGAGGAUUUUGUAUAAUGCCUUGAAUAGCCGGAUCAGGAAUUUGUUGGUGCGGUAUGAUGUAUUACUCCCGCUGGCUCUGUUGUACUCUCAUCUCCCACAGCUGAUAUUGAGAGGGGGGGGGGGUAGUAUUCGAAAAGCAUCGACCCGGCGCAGCCCUGGGCUGCGCAUAUCGCGUCCUUGCUCUCGCGGGAGCCGUUGGAUACUACUGACAUAGUUAUAACGGCAACUACCGCCACUGGCCUGGAAAUGGCCUUUCACCUGCACAAGUUCAUGCUCUCGGCUCGCUCGCCGUACCUGCGGCGGAGGCUCUCGCUCCCCUAUACCCCCACCGCCGCCAACGAGCAUGAGCCCAAAAAGACCAUCCGGCUCUCGCAAAGCUUCUCCCCGCGCGCGUUGGAGACCGUGGUGAAACACAUCUACCUCGGCGACAUCUUUGUGGACCCUAAUUCGGACGAGGACGCGAUGGAGAAUAUAGAAAAGUUGAGCAGACAUCUGGAGAUCCCAGAGUUGUGCGAACUUUUGCUAGCAGAUACGCCGAAAUUGCGACGGCAGCUGCGCAGCGAGGGAUUGAAGAAGGCACAAGCGGGGAUGGAAGAGUGGGUGCAGGAGAACGUGCUGAAGAAGAGGAUCGUGGUAAGGAAGUCACAGGUCGGGGGUAUCAAGAUGUUUCCGGGAAACGAUAGUUUCGCAGACGUGCUCAUCCGUUCCGAUGAGCCGGACUGGCACGGCGCAGAGGUAGUAGACGCAGGCACAGGCGGAGAAGUAGAAGAAGAGGAAGACUACUUUACACACAUCUAUCCAACCCACAAAGCCCUCCUCCGCUCCGAAUUCUUUACAGCAAUGUUCACAUCCCCCUUCCUCGAAGGCCUGCCCACAACCCCCGCCUCCCCUCUCCCCAUAAUCUCCCUUCCCCUACCCGCCUCCACCCUCCCAUAUCUCCUCCUGCACCUCUACCUCGAAACCCCGACCCCGCCCCCGCUCCAGCACUCCCUCUCUCUCCUCUACACCUCGGACCUCCUCUUCCUCGACCGCCUAAAAUCCAAAUGCGCACAGGUCAUCGCCACAGCGUCCGACGACCUCCCCUUCCACAUCUACGACGUAAUCCGCGCCGCAUGGGCCACGCGCGUCCCUCGGCUCGAGGCCUUUGGCGCAAAGUACAUUGCCGAGCGACUCGAGGACUUUCUCCCCGACCCGGAGUUUCUGGAGCUGGUCGCUGAGAGCGCGGGGAGGAUCAAGGGUCGGCAGGAAACGGAUACCAUCGAACUCGUGGACGACAUCCGGUAUUACCUAGACGAGAGAUUUAGGAUGAGGGUGGAGGAUAAUUUGGGGUUCUGUGGGAACGGGGAGGAGGCGGCGGGCGAGGUUGAUGGCAGUUUGAAGACGGAGAAGGGCCAUGUUUAUGAGGAGUUGCUGGGGAGGAUCGAUGCGCUUCUGGAGGAGUUGAAGUUGGACGCUUAGAGUGCGGUUGGAGAUGUAUGUUACACGCGUACACAUUCGUUUGUUUCAUUUGUCCCUUACAUUUUUUGCGGGGCGCGAUACCCAGGCAGAUAUGGCCGGGAAUGAAUAGAGUUGCACGAUUUCCCAUGACAUGAUGGUAGCAGAUUCACAGUGUAGGUUACCAGUCAGUCAAUUAGACUGGUCGAGUCGAGCAAGGAGAUAGCAAGCAGGGGGUGAAAAAAAAAAAGUCCACAUGAUCGAAAUACCCCACUCCCUUCAUUCAAUCUAUAGAGGGAACGAGUAUGGAAAGAAAAAA